AUGGCCGCCAAUACCCUGGUAACUCGUGGUGUUCGUGUAGCUAUCGAAGGAUGUGGUCAUGGCACUCUUAAUGCCAUAUACGAAGCCGUCGACAAAUCUUGCAAAGUCCGCGGGUGGAAGGGGGUUGACCUACUCAUCAUUGGGGGUGAUUUUCAAGCGGUGCGCAAUGCUGCGGAUCUUAGCGUCAUGUCCUGUCCUGUAAAGUAUCGCCAUCUGGGCGAUUUCCCGGACUACUACGCAGGCCGACGCGUGGCACCCCAUCUCACCAUCUUUGUCGGGGGAAACCACGAAGCAAGCUCGCAUCUCUGGGAGCUGUAUUACGGUGGUUGGGUCGCCCCCAACAUUUACUACAUGGGAGCCGCCAACGUGCUUCGCUUCGGCCCUCUGCGCAUUGCAGGCAUGUCGGGGAUCUGGAAAGGGUUCGACUAUCGAAAACCGCAUCACGAGCGGCUGCCCUUCAGUCCAGAUGACGUCAAAUCAUUCUAUCAUGUGAGGGAGAUUGACGUACGCAAGCUGCUUCUGCUGCGGACGCAGGUGGACGUUGGCAUCAGCCAUGAUUGGCCCCGCCACAUCGAGAAGCACGGCGAUUCGGCCUGGCUGUUCCGCAAAAAGCCCGACUUCAAGUUGGAAUCUCAAAAUGGACAGUUGGGCAGUGUUGCUGCCGAGCUUGUCAUGAAUCGGCUACGGCCACCAUAUUGGUUCUCGGCGCAUUUGCACGUCAAGUAUGCAGCCCUCAAAAGGCAUCAGGAGGAAAACGGCGUUCCACAUCCGGCAGAAGCCUCGAAUGCUGGUGAUGCAAAAAAUCUUGCCAAGUCCGGGACCGAAGCAAAUCCCGAUGAGAUUAAUUUGGACAUGGAGGAUGACGAUGCUGAUGCCAAUGGUGAUGAUGAAGAGAAGCAAGCAAGCAGAACUCCAAACGAGGUUGAAGAAACCAACGAGGUACCGGAGGAAAUUCGCGCACAGCUACCGACAUCCUUCGCACCACCCCAACCUCGACAGAACAACACCCCAGGUCAACCUGUUCCACCAGGUAUUACAAACAGAGAGACCCGCUUCUUAGCCCUCGACAAGUGCCUGCCAGGACGGCAUUUUCUCCAGCUGUGUGAGAUCAAGCCCUCCAACUCUGAGGACCUGACGAAAUACCCAGCCAAACCCGGGGAACCACGCUACUCCCUCGAGUAUGAUGCUGAGUGGCUGGCUAUAACUCGCGCUCUCCACAGCACUCUGGCCAUUGGUGAUGGAUCCGCACAACCCUCUCCCGACCUGGGUGAGGACCAUUACCUGCCGCUCAUUGAAACCGAGCGCGCGUGGGUGGAGGAUAACAUUGUCAAAAAGGGCAAACUCACCGUGCCAGAAAAUUUCGAAGUCACGGCAGCGCCCCAUGUCCCAGGAACCCCAGAGAUUGUACAGGAACAGCCCGAGGAAUACACAAAUCCGCAGACUGUUGCAUUCUGCAAACUCCUGGGGGUGAAAAAUCUCUGGGACUCGAGUUCAGGGGAAAGGCAAGCAAGACGAGACCAAGGCCCGCCGCCUUCAGAAUACCACGGUCGUUCUGGCGGAGGUAGAGGUGGGGGGAGGGGGAGGGGGAGGGGAGGGAGAGGAAGAGGGCGAGGCCAUCGCGGCAAAUGGUAA